AUGAGUACUCCAGAAGGCACAUCACCUACUCCGAUGAUUACCGAAGACGACGGAACUCCAACAAAAUCAAAAAUAACUUCAACACCCACUGAAUCAAAACCAUUCGUUUUGAAAAAAUGGAAUGCUCUCGCAAUUUGGGCAUGGGAUGUUGAAUGCGACACAUGUGCCAUAUGUAGAGUUCACCUAAUGGAAGAAUGCCUGCGCUGUCAAACAGAACCAAAUGCUGAAUGCAUUGUAGUCUGGGGGGAUUGCAAUCACUCAUUUCACCAUUGCUGCAUGAGUCAAUGGGUCAGACAAAAUAAUCGAUGUCCAUUGUGUCAGAAGGACUGGGUUGUUCUCCGCGCUGGCAAAUAA